AUGUCCGCUGCGGGCCCUCAUGUUUCCCGGAGCCGUGCUGGCUCCAGCACUGCCACCCAUGAGAAAGGAAGGCUCGCCCACAUGCACGGCUACGCCAUGGCGACGCCUAACAACACGAUUAAUGCCAGCCGCUACUUCGAUCCGUGCGCCGCUACGGCAUCCAUGUUCCUCUAUGCUCAGGGGACUUCGGUAGUAUGCUGCCACUACGACACACUAGCGAUAGAACGGCGAUUCGCGCGGCACGCCGAGGAGGUUCAGUUACUGGCCGUCGACAACCACAGCGACAUUGGAGCAGGGAGGUUGGUGGUCAGCUACGAUGUGGGGCAGACGGCUAUUGUGUGGGAUCUCUUGACAGGAGACGAAGUCGCCCGCUUUGCGUCGUAUGAGAAUCUCACAUGUGCCUCUUGGAUGCGAAACGGGAAUGUUGCGUUUGGCAACUCACAAGGCAAUGUGAUAUUAUUUGAGCCGACAACAUCAGAGCACCUCUCCGCGAGGACGAUUGACCAGAUCGCCAUCACGGCCAUCUCACCUGCAGCCGACUGCAGGACCUUCGCUAUCGGCUACCAAAACGGGUCGCUCUUGAUCGCGACUCUCCAGCCAAGGUUUACAAUUCUGCACAACCUCACCACAUCAAGUGUGCCAUCACCAAUUGUGACCCUAUCAUGGCACGCCUCAUCUUCCCGGUCAAAAUCGGAUAUGCUGUCGGUACAGACAAACGAUGGCGACCUCCGUGUGUGGAGUGUAUCCAAGGCUUACAACGCCGAUGACCCGGCCAAGAUCGUGCGCAUUCUGAAGAGGACGGAAAACUACCUGACGGGCCCAAACUGGAUGGGGGUGGUCCAAGAACGGCCGGAUUAUUCAACACUCAGAAUCGUGAGUGCUUCUGGGAGCUGCCAACCCGGGCAUGUCUCCGAAUCAGAAUCACAGGUAGAAAUCACAUUUCGGCCGGCCGACAUGUCCGAUCAAGAGGAUGGGAGGUCGCCUUUAGCCCGGUAUCUGCAAAGCGAGUCCGACACCGAACAGUAUCGUCCCACCACACCGGCCUCGAACAUCUCCCGGUCAACCGUGUCGAUUUCGUCGUCCACGUCCCAAACCGCGGCGCGGCGGUAUCCAGCUUCUACCGUAUCACGGGGCAUGACCGAGAACACCUACAUCUCGGCCGGUUCGUCGCUUCGCUCCGGCUACACUCAGCCCCGGGAAAGGAAAGAAAGGGAAUCUCUAUCGACGACCAGCUCGAUUUCGAUGGGGAGCUCGCAUUACCACACCGCCCGCAAGCCUUCGAGGUUACGCAACGAGGUGCCGCGCAGUCCGGAAGAUGCGCGGGUUGUCGAUCUGUUCAAGUUCACAAAGAGCCGCCUUGCAGAUGUGCCGUACAAGGCGCCGUUUUCCUCUGACAAUAGCCGCCUGACAAACGAUGACCUGCGACGGCAGAUGCUCAGCACCAUCUUCGGAUGGCACAAGGACAUUGACGACUUGGUCCGGGACGAAAUGUCCCGCCACCCGCUUGGCUCGACGAACCGUAUUCUGCUGGCGAAGUGGCUAGGCGAUAUCAACACCGAUAUCAUGGCGAUGGGAUCCGAGAACAUGACCUCGUCAGACUGGAUGCUUCUCGCACUGAGCGGUAUCGGCGGGCAGGCAUCUCAGCACAAGCUGGGUCGUGCCUAUGUGCAGCGGCUGCUCGAGAGCGGCGAUGUCCACGCCGCUGCGACAAUCAUGGUUGGCAUGGGCGACCACAACGAUGCUGUCGAGAUUUACGUUUCGCAUAAGAAGUACAUGGAGGCUCUCGUCCUCACGUGUCUCUUCUUCCCGGCAGCUUGGGAACGACAGGAACAGAUUGUCAAGAAAUGGGGCGAGUGGGCGGUCCAGCACGGUCAGCAACAACUGGCUAUCCGAUGCUUUGCCUGCACCGGCCGCGAAUCUACCGAGCCCUGGUCUUCCCCAUCCGCCCAGCAGCUCACUUUCCCCAGUAUCACACAGACGGUCCCCGAAUUGCUCAGCCCGCCGCUCUCGCCCCCGGUCAUGAACCACGGGCCACAAAGAAGUAUCGCAAAGAACUCGGCGCUAAAACUCAUCACUUCUUUCGACCCUCAUGCCAAAAACAGGCUGCUGGCAAACGUCGACGACGGCAAGACUCCGAUAGCCGCUGCAGCGACGCCCAUGUUGGAAACGGCACUAUCUCCCGGCGGCGCUGACCCCGCGACUGCCAUCUUGCGAGGAAACCGGAGCCAGUUUAACACCCCGGCAUCUGCCCGUCCAGUGCAUGGAUUUGGCCGGCAGCGCUUGCCAUCGAUUGGAGAAGCCCCUGACUCGGCCCAGCGCGAUCUGCUGACUGCCAUAGCGCGGCCGGAGGGAGACCCUUAUGCGAACGCAUUCCAAUCGACCGAAGUCCACGACACUGCCGUGAGGAAGCUCGAACUCACGAGACCGAAUACUGCUAGCCCGAGGUUGAUGAAGGAGAAUGUUAAGGGGCACCCGCCUCCGUCCCCGUCCCCCGCGGCUGUUGCUGCCUUGAUGGAAGGCGGAAGAUACAGGAGGAAUGGCUCCCGCAGCCGCAUCCCUGAAGGCCUUGAUUUGUCCCUCCCCUCGUUCAAAGACUCUCUGCCAGAAGACCUCACUUCACCCGAACCAUCGGCGAAUUCCUCUGUCCGAUACCACUGGCCAUCCAGGCGAAGAGGCCCUGGGUCCGUGGCCAGCUCUGUAAGCGUGGCUUCGGCGGCAUCAAGCGUUGCAAGGAGCCAGCGUGGGUACCACAACAGCCAGAGCAAGGGCCUAGACAACUACGUUCACAGUCUAGACGCGGCGCCGACCAAGAAGCAAAUUCGGGAGAGCAGCCGCGACGGCCGCAAUGAGCGUGCUACCAGCCGGUCACGCAAGGACAACCGUGGAAAGUCUCAAGACCGCGGGCGGGCUUCGUCGCGGAGUUACACUCCCAAGGGCGGAAAACGCUCGCCGAAAUCGCCAGUGCCCAUGUCGCCCGAGGACCUGAUCAACUUGGCGACACCCAAGGAGGACUUUGAUCAGAUGAGCCACAACGGCGGCAAAGGAAGGCUGAUUGAUAUCUCCAACGAUGAAAUGGAACUGCCGAGCCAGCCGAGCACGGUCAAGAAGGUGGGAUACGCCAACCGAGAUGGCUCCCGGGUCAGGGGUUCGAGCCGCACCGCCAGCCGGAACGGCCGCAGCUCGAGCCGCGCGCGCAGCCCGGAUAAGCGUCACGUUCCGCCCGCGCUGGACCUCCGUGGACGCUCCGUAUCGCGCGGCCCGCCGUCGAACAGGUCGCCAUCCUCGCCGCAGCCCAUGUCGGCAAACUUGCAGCAGCAUUACUAUGGGGAGAAGUCGGAUCUUCGGCGGAACACAUCACACGCCGGGACGGAGACCUCUUCGCGUCGCAAGAUCGCUGCUCCGUUGAAGACCCCGGCGCCGAUGCAGCUUGUUGCAGACAACAACUCGGGCGAUCUGAGAGUCAUUAAGGAUGAGAGACAGCUGAAGAAGGAGGCCGCUGCCCGUGAACUCGAGGCGCGCCGCAAGUCUCUCGCAACGAGGCCCUCGGCGCCGCCGAUCAUGCAUCCCGACGAGAUCACACCUGCGCCACUUGCCAGUGCGCUGCCCUCGCUCAUGGAACUUCCGAGCACGACAUACGUGCCACCGAAGAAGGAGGACCUCCCAUUCCGCAGCGCAAGCGUGGAUCCCAGCGCCGGGAGAAGUAUGUAUGCGACCCGCAACAGGCCGGCCAUUGGGCUUCCGGCAACGCCCAGGGCGAUGCGGCUGGUGAUGGAUUCCGAGUCGAGUUCCAGGAACGCUCCCGUUCCCCCGAUCCCGUCUACUUUCGCGCAGGCCUCGCCCGCCAUGCCGCCGCAGCCGCAGCCGCAACCGCAGCCGCAGCGUGAGUCGCCAGGCAGGCGUUCACCGGAACGUGUAGAGGAGGAGCGAAAGGUCGACGACAUUCCGAUGCUGCUCUCGUCGUCCGUGUACACGCCGCCUCCGCCAGCCCAGUCCAGGAUCGCAGCCCAGAUCGGUAGGUCCAUGUCUGCUCCUCCCCGGGACCUGGUCCAACCGGAGACCCAAUCGAGACGGCCCUCCGUUGUCAACUCGACGUCGAUGGGCCGGAGGCCGUCCCACGAUGCCAACGCUUUCCCUGCCCGGAGGCCAUCCCACGACGCCAACGCUUUCCCUACUCGGAGGCCGUCGCAUGAUGCAAACGCGAACAUCCCGCCGCCACCUCCACCGCCGGUCCCACCCAUGCUCAAGGAGCUGCAACACCUCGCGCAGCCGCCACCGCCCCCGCCGGCUCCCCUCCCCCACGUCGGCGGCCCCCAGCCGGUCGUUUACGGCGGCAGCUCAGGCAUGAUCGAGAUCGUCAUGGACGACGACCAGCCCCAGCCGCCGCAGCAGCUUCAGCAACAACUCCAACAACAGCUUUACCCGCAACAAUACCAACCCCAGCAGCAGCAGCACCAGCAACCCCCUCCCCCGCCCCCCAUCCCCUCCGCAAUCCCCGUCAGCGAGGCCACGGUACCCAUCAUCUCAACCCCCAACCCGCGCAACGGGCACAACCGCGGCCGCAGCAGCGUCGACAGCAUCGCGGGGCGCAUCUCGCGCGCGACGGAGCGCAUGCGCUCCGCCAGCCGCAGCCGCGGGCCCUCGUCCAUCAAAUCGCCCGAGAUGAUGGGCGGCGCGCCCUACGAGAGCGUGCCGCCGCCGCCGCCGCCCGCACCCUCUUCGCACCCGCCCGUCAGCAUGGGCAUGAACUACCGCGUUCAGAACCAGGUGGUUUAUCAGCAGGUCCAGGCGCAGGUCGCGCAGCAGGAAGGGAGGAAUGAGUAUCGCACGGGGUUGCAUCAGAGUGAGAUGAUUUAA